AUGUGCAACUUUGAGUUCCGUGAAGAGAAGACGGCCAUCAGCUGCAGGAGUCUGUUAAACUCCAUCAGCACAGAAACGAUGGAGGACCAUCUUUUAGAAGAGAAGACAAACACCAACAGCGCAAUGUUGUGCUCAUCUGCUGAGAAACAGACAGUGACAAAUCCAGAAGGACCAUAUGGUGAGGAGGUGGAGAGUUUAAUGGGAGGGCAAAUGGAUCCACAUCAGCUAACCAAAACGGUGAAGAAACCACACCGCUGUGACUGGUAUUUCUCAAAGCACCUGUGUCAUAACCAUAUCCCCGCUGGAGAAAGGCCUCACACCUGUGAGCAGUGCGGGAGGAGUUUCAGACACUCUGGACAUUUAAAGAUUCAUCAGCUGACUCAUACUGGAGAGAAGCCCUACACCUGUGAGCAGUGCGGUAAGAGUUUCAGACACUCUGGAACUUUAAAGAUUCAUCAGCGGACUCAUACUGGAGAGAAGCCCUACACCUGUGAGCAGUGCGGUAAGAGUUUCAGACACUCUGGACAUUUAAAGAUUCAUCAGCGGACUCAUACUGGAGAGAAGACCUACACCUGUGAGCAGUGCGGUAAGAGUUUCAGACACUCUGAAACUUUAAAGUAUCAUCAGCUGACUCAUACUGGAGAGAAGCCCUACACCUGUGAGCAGUGUGGGCGGAGUUUCAGGACCUCUGGAAAUUUAAAGACACAUCAGCGGAUCCACACUGGAGAGAAGCCAUACACCUGUGAGCAGUGUAAGAGUUUGACACAAUCUGGAACUUUAAAGAAUCAUCAGAACCUAUAUACUGGAGACCAAACUCACACAUGUGAGCAGUGCGGAACCAUCUGGAUCUGUUAGCUGUUUAAAAAAAAAUUACGUGAUUUGUAAAACUUGCCAUGAAAAUAUUUCAAUAAUAUUGUUACAGCAUGCAACUUGAGUUGUCAAAUUUGUUCCUUUACUCCCUCCCUGUGAUACACAACACACACACACACCAAGCCCCCAGGAAGAGCGCCAUGUCUUAAAAGUGCUCUAAGUGAUGUGACGCGUUUUUUAGGCUACAACAUUUUUCGUCACAUACAGCAAACAUCUCCUCACCAUCCGCUAGCUGCCUGUCCCCUGAACACACUGUAAAAAAACACGCUCUCUGAAGACAGGUCAGGCUCCACAAAUGGCAACAAAAACAAACUGCACCAACCUGCCCCACGAAACAUAACAAACAACAAGUGUUCCAGCC